AUGUACACUGCGGACACGUUGUCGCGAGCUCCAGUUCAUGGUGAACAGUCCACAACCGAGAAUGACGUUGAGGUAUAUGUUGAUGGAGUCAUGGCAAAUAUUCAAGUCGCAGAUCGUAAACUUGAAGAGAUACGUGUACAAACACAAAAAGAUACAGUGCUCAUUAGCUUAAAAAACACCAUUAUGGAUGGAUGGCCAGAGAGUCGCAGUGACUGUUCUUAUGAGAUACGACCAUUUUGGAACUAUAGAGAUGAACUGUCAGUGAUUAAAGGGAUAGUAUUCAAGGGAUCCAGAGUGGUAAUUCCUAAAAAUCUCAGGAAAGACAUGUUACAGAAAAUACAUGCUGGACAUUUAGGCAUGAGCAAAUGUAAACAAAGAGCACGCGAAGUGUUAUUUUGGCCUAGCAUGACUGAGGACAUAGAGAAUUUGGUGAAAAUUUGUGAACCAUGUCAAGUUCACCAGAACAAACAGAUGGCUGAACCAUUGUUGUCACACCCGAUACCGUCAAGACCAUGGCAGAAAGUCUCAACAGACUUGUUUGAACUGGAUAGAACCCCAUAUAUUGUUGUCGUAGAUGCCUUUUCUGGCUACCCUGAGGUGGUACAACUAACCAAUCAAACCUCAACAGCGGUGAUCCAAGUCAUGAAGACUACUUUUGCUAGAUACGGCAUACCUGAACAGGUAAUGAGUGAUAAUGGCCCUUGCUAUAGUAGCAAGGAGUUUCUUAAAUUUGCGGAGGAAUGGGAUUUUCAGCACGUGACUAGCAGUCCAGGAUAUCCGAAAUCCAAUGGUAUGGCUGAACGAGCAGUCCAAACUAUGAAAUCCAUUAUUCGCAAAUGUAAACAAACCAACCAAGAUCCACACCUAGGAUUAUUGGCAUACAGAACAACACCUAUGGAGAAUGGAUUAUCUCCUGCUGAGAUGUUAAUGGGUAGACAACUCCGCUGUAAUUUGCCCAUUGCAACUGGAAAACUAAACAAACCCGAAGACCACUAUGUCAUGUCGUGGAAAGAAAGACAGAGAAAAACACAGAAGUAUUAUCACGAUCGGGUUGCAGUUAAAACGCUUGAACCACUCACAGAAAAUACAAAGGUUCGACUUUGUGAACUAGGAGAAAGGAACUGGAGAAAAUAUGGAACUGUGAUUGGUCCGGCAGGACCAAGGUCCUACAAGGUUAAGUUGAAUGACAGAACAGCGAGACGAAAUAGAAAGGAUCUACGUGUAACAGAUCCUAACCUUGAACGCGAACUUGAUGUGGAACGUGAACCUGAUGUUGAACGCGAACCGGAAUUUGAAGUUGACUGCAAACCAGAACUUAACCCAGAGCCAGAACUCGGCAAUAGUGACAUUGAGACGAGUAACAUGUACAAAACACGCAGCGGUCGUGUCAUUAAAGCCCCCAAAAGGCUGAUUGAGGCCUAA